GAAAUGGAGUUAUUUUUUCCUUCAAGUGGAGGUUGUGGGCCAGCAAACACUGCUAAAUUUACCAAUUGUACCUGUUGUAUUAUUAAGCCCCAUGCUAUCAGUGAAGGACUGUUGGGAAAGAUCCUGAUGAGUAUUAGAGAUGCAUGUUUUGAAAUCUCAGCUAUGCAGAUGUUCAAUAUGGAUCACGUUAAUGUUGAAGAAUUCUAUGAGGUUUAUAAAGGAGUAGUGUCUGAUUAUAAUGAUAUGGUGACAGAAAUGUAUUCUGGUCCUUGUGUAGCAAUGGAGAUUCAACAGAACAAUCCUACAAAGACAUUUCGAGAGUUCUGUGGACCUGUUGAUCCUGAAAUUGCCCGGCAUUUGCGCCCUGAAACUCUCAGAGCAAUCUUUGGUAAAACUAAGAUCCAGAAUGCUGUUCACUGUACAGAUCUGCCAGAGGAUGGCCUGUUAGAGGUUCAGUAUUUCUUCAAGAUCCUGGAUAAUUAGCAGUAGAGAAAGGAAAGAAAUCACAGACUGGAACAUUUAGACAAGAGUGAGUCAUGCACAUGAGGAAUGUGUUCAUUCUUUUAUUGUCCAUUGUUUCAACCUGACCAAUACAAGAUCAACAAGAGCACUGUACUCCUGGCAAUUAUUACAUGUUAGAACGUGGAUUUGCACUGUAGACAACAUUUAACACCAGUCUAUGGGGUACUGCAUUGCUUUUUAUAAAGUUCAAAAUAAAGAUUUAUUUUCCAAACAAG